AUGGGUAACCAGAUGAGCGUUCCACAGAGAGUUGAAGACCAAGAAAGUGAAUCAGAAGCGGACACUUACAAGGUGACAUGGGACAGUGAGUGUGGUCAGAAUGGUUCGGCGGUGAUCGUGUCCACCCACACUGUUCAACACUACGAUGAAGUCGAUCUGGGAAUAAGCAUGAAGACGGAUAAUGUGGCCACUUCUUCCCCCGAGACAAUGGACAUAAGUGCUGCGGCCAAUGCCAACGGAAAGAAUCUUGGGAAAGAGGCCAAACCCGAAGCACCAGCUGCUAAAUCUCGUUUUUUCUUGACGCUCUCUCGGCCUGUACCAGGACGUCCCGGAGACCAAGGCUGGGAUUCAUCCCCGGGAUCAGCGAAGCCUGAUGUCAGCCCCAGUAAAGCGCCACUGAACAAAGACCCGAGUGAGAGCGUGGCGCUUCCUGGGGCAGCUGCACCAGGGCCCAACGCGCAUAAAACCCCAGAGCAGACCCCAGCCAAGGACGAGGCCCUCUCUGCCACCUGGGCUCCAGCGCCUGCCCCACCUGAGUCAGGGGAAACAGCCCCCUCCAAGCCCAAGGACUUUAGCUUUUUCGAGAAAUUCUUCAAACUGGACAAGGGACGGGAAAAGGCACCAAGUGACAACCAACAGGAAGCCAAGAGGACAGAGCACGAAGACGGGGCCGAGGAGACUCCUGGAUUAUCCGAGCCGCCUGCUGGAGUCCCUGCAGCAGAGGACAUAGCUGCUGGUAAGGAAGAAGAAGGAGAAGAAAUUGGAACUUUGAGUUGCUCUGUUCCUGGCGACCCAGAAGAACCAGAGGUUGCAUUGGCAGACUCCCAGACAGCAGACACAACUGAGAUUAACAGUCCCAUCAUGAGUUUCUUUAAAACCCUGGUUUCACCCAACAAGGCGGAAACAAAAAAAGAUCCAGAAGACACGGCAUCCAAAGCAGAAAGUGUGUGUGACGGACACGCUGGUCAGAAGACAUCCGAGAUCCAGGCCAAAGGCACCAAGAAAAAGCACCUGGAUAGCCCCAGGCUAGGACUCGCCUUUAGAAAGCUCUUUAGGCAUAAGGGUGCCGAGAAAUCACCCACCACCUCCCCGGACCUCAAGAAAGACACAGCAAACUCCGUGCCCUCGGGGACCCCCCGGGCAGCCAAGAAUCCUAAAGGCUGCAGCCCGUCAGCUCCCCCGCAGCCUGAGACACUGGCAGAGACUGCAAAGGAAGGCACCAGGGAGAAGGCAGGACCCACGUCUCUGCCUCUGGGCAAGCUCUUCUGGAAAAAGUCAGUAAAAGAGGAUUCAGGCCCCACAGCCCCCACAGGUGCAGAGGAGAAUGUAGUAUGUGAAGCAGCAGUAGAGGUAACAGAGUCGGAGGAAGUAGAGUCAGCCUCGCGGACAGUGGAUCUCAGUGGAGAAGAGGGUGCGCCUGAAGAUGCAGAGGUCAAACCCAAAAGAGAAGAAAGGAAGCCACCGAGAACCUCCUUCAUGGCGUUUCUCAGACAAAUGUCAGUGAAAGGGGAUGGAGGGAUCACCGACUCAGAAGAAAUAAAUGGGAAAGAUUCCAGCUACCAAACCUCCAACUCCACGGAGAAGGCCAUCACGCCACCAGAGCCGGAACCCGCGGGAGCAGCCCCGAAGGGCAAAGAGGGCUCCUCGAAGGACAAGAAGUCAGCUGCCGAGAUGAGCAAGCGCAAGAAUAGCAAGCAGGAAGCCGCGGCAACCGCCCAGUGCACAGAGCAGGCCGUGGUGGAUGGAAACUCGCUGCAGAAUGGGGACAAGGCCCAGAAGAGACCUGAGAAGCGGCAGCAAUCCCUUGGAGGCUUCUUCAAAGGCCUGGGACCCAAGCGGAUGUCGGAUGCUCAAGUGCAAACAGACCCUGUGUCCAUCGGCCCCGUCGGCAAAUCCAAGUAAUCAAAUCUCCACGGUGCCCUCCGGGUUCUCAUCCCCCAUCUCCUCACCAGACAGACUCCAUGUACAUAGCUUUCCUUCGGAUGCCCGCCCAGUGAAAUCCUGCCUACAGAGACAGCCCGGGCUGCGAUUGUAUGUUGUGGGGCAUGGUUUUUGUCUCAGGUCCAGUCUUUCUGGCAAACAACAGUCGAGGUGUUUUAGCAGGUGGACUAGGCAGGUCAGAGGGGUUGAGGAGGGGGUUGGCAUGCGUUUUGGUUCAGUUUGAUAAAUGGUGGAGGCAGGUGAAGUGACGGAAGAAACACGCCAGUGAGAAGGAAUGGAGUUCUGUGCUGGACGCACACUCGCACCCUCAG